CCUGUUAGGGCUAACGCGAUCUCUUCUUUUUACAACCUGCAGCCCAAGACGCUGAUUCCAGCCGCGCCUUAUCGCGUGGCCCAAAGAUUCACGAUGGUGAAAAUAGCCUUCAACACACCCACAGCCGUGCAAAAAGAGGAGGUGCGGCAAGACGUGGAGACCCUGGUAAACCGAACGGUUGGAGCUCAGAUCUUGACCCGAAAGGAGCUUCAGGUUUCCACCCAGGAAAAUGAGGGCUCCUCUGGAAGAUGCAUGCUUACUCUCUUAGGCCUUUCAUUCAUCUUGGCAGGAUUUAUUGUUGGUGGAGCCUGUAUUUACAAGUACUUCAUGCCCAAGAAUACCAUCUACCAUGGAGAGUUGUUCUUCUUUGACUCUGAAGACCCUGCAAAUUCCCUUCAAGGAUUAGAGCCCUACUUCCUGCCUGUGACUGAGGAAGCUGACAUUCGUGAAGAUGACAACAUAGCAAUCAUUGAUGUGCCUGUCCACAGUUUCUCUGAUAGUGAUCCUGCAGCAAUUAUUCAUGACUUUGAAAAGGGCAUGACUGCUUACCUGGACUUGCUCCUGGGGAACUGCUAUCUGAUGCCUCUCAAUACCUCUAUUGUUCUUCCUCCAAAGAAUUUGGUGGAGUUCUUUGGCAAUCUGGAAAGUGGCAAACACCUGUCUCACACUUAUGUUGUUCGUGAAGACCUGGUUGCCGUAGAGGAGAUUCAUGAUGUUAGUAACCUUGGCAUCUUUAUUUACGAACUUUGCAAAAACCGCAAGUCUUUCCGCCUUCGUAGAAGAGACCUCUUGCUGGGUUUCAACAAACGUGCCAUUGAUAAGUGCUGGAAGAUCAGACACUUCCCCAACGAAUUUAUUGUUGAGACGAAGAUCUGUCAAGAGUGAGAAGCAACAGAAAAAGAGUAUCCUUAGUAAUAAGUCAGAGAUUUACAGUAUGACUUCAACAUUAAAUGUGUGGAAUACUCAUGAUAUUUACUCAUGCAUAUACUCUAUUGUUUAUACAAAAAAAAAAAAGAAGGAAAAAAUUAA